AUGGAUGUCUUUCAUGCCUACACAUAUUCAACGGCUGGAUGGCUUUCAUUGCAAGGCCUGACUUUGCUAGUGGGCCCACGUAUGAUUGUAGCUUUACUGCUCGACGAGGCCAGAUCUGAAUCCUGUACAAUCAACUCAAAAAAUCCUCCCAACGUGAAUCGCCUUGCUAAUUCUCUGAAAGUGAUCGAGGUUUACUUUGCCCGCUGCCUUGGAAUGAGUCUUUUGACUAUCGCAGUAUUAACGGUGAUGCUAACGGGCUCGAUUCCGCUCAAUGCCACCAUUGCCGAGCCUGUGUCAACCGACGAGUCGGAUCCCAAGGCCCCGUAUGCUCUACCAACUCUGAUGGUCACUUCGGUGUUUCAUGCUGCGUCUGCAUUUUAUGUGUACACAUGGUACGUCACCGGGGGCCAGGGAGCUUUUGCUUUGGCGGUUCUGGGGAAUUCCAUUCUUGCGUCCAUCGGCCUGUGGUGUUUGCUCUUCGCUACUAGUAAUGGAAGGAUUAGUCGGAGAACCGGGGCAGACAAGAGAACUACUGGCUUUCCGUUUGCGAAUUCCGAGGCAGCCAAGAAACAUGCAGGCAAGAAAGGCCUCUGA